CUGCGGAAAGUUUGGAUGUGCCUCCUGAUUGCAAAAUGGGAAAUUUAUGGCUUACAAGAACUUUGUAUACCUUAUCAAAUGCCCUUUUGUGAAGGCGUGCACUAGAAGAAAGAAUGGAUAAAAGCAUCUUGAGUAGGCACGUGUUCGUUUCAUCAGUUUUGGGUGACUUUCUGUGGCUAAGUUCUUAUUGAUGCUUAUUUAAUUGCUAUGUUUUUAUACUGCAAGCUUUGGCUUCCAGUAAAAUCAGCCAUAUUUGCAGCUUGCGCCGUUCUAUAAAAGGAGGGAAAAAUCACGUAGCUUGCCUCAUGGUUUUGUUGACUCUGUGCCAGGAAAUAUGGAACAGUCCCUAUUCAAAUGAUAGCUUCCCUAUUUAUGCUGAGGACAUUGAUGGAGGUUCAUCUCCUUCAACUGCUAUGUUAUUUGAAGCUGCUAAGGCCUUGAAGGUUACCAUAGUGGGCAGUUCAAUCCCAGAAAGAUGUGGUGAUCGAUUGUACAACGCUUGCUGUGUUUUUGGUUCCAUUGGAGUGCUGAAAGCCAAGCACCACAAGACGUUGGACGUAUUGGUAUAGGCAUCUGUUAUGAUAUUCGGUUUCAGGAAUUGGCAAUGAUUUAUGCUGCAAGAGGUAGGUUUUGUUUCCUCUUCGUCUAUUUUGCAUUUCCUACAAUGUUGACUGCAUACUGGUGCUGGGGCUGCCACUGGCCCAGUCUAUGCAGUUCGAAAGUAAGAAGAUUUCUGACAGUAAACAUGUAUGUCUUAAGUGGUGGACCUUUGGAUUGUUUUCCUUUGAUUUAUUUUCGUUUUAUCCCUUCCAAUGAUUUUUAAGUUGAACAUCAGCAAAGUAAGCCUUGCACAAAGGGGGCUUAGCUGUAUAAAUGCUUUUACAACAUUGCGAUAUGUCCUCUAUUGCUUUUUGUAUAGAAGAUAUCUCUUUGCAA